UGGAAAGAUGAUGUGCAUGUAUACUCCUACCAAGUAAUGAAUGAGAUUAUUUUAGAUUACAAGCGCAAUAGAGUGCAAACAUCUAUCUUUGAAGAGGAACGUAGACUGGAAAUACUUUGUGAUAGGCUAAGAUAGAUAAGUCAUGUCUGUCCCAGCUGAUGAAACUGUGGGGGACCUUCCUGUGAGAGAUGUAGGUCUAACUCUAGCUGGAAUUGGAGGAUUGCAAGAAACAUCAGCUCCACAGAAUGCUAGAGCUCGACAGUCUGUAUCACGAAUCAGUCGAGAGGAACUGGAAGACAGAUUUCUUCGUUUACGUGAUGAGAACAUCUCACUCAAACAGCAUGCAAAUAAGCAAGAGGAGAAAAUUAAAAGAAUGGCCACCAAGUUAAUACGGCUUGUUAAUGACAAAAAAAGGUCUGACCAGGUUGGUGGCGGCCCCAAGCGGCUGGGUCAGGCUGUGGAGCUGGAGGAAAUGAUCGAGCGUUUGCAGGAGAGAGUUCGUGAGCUGGAGAAGCAAAACGAGAGCCUCCGCAGCAAACUCAUUUCAACCAAACAGCAGCUCCAGAUCCAAGGCCACGGGCCUUGUCCGUACAGUUAUGUUCAGUCUCGUGUUAACACUGGUCUCAGGAAAGCCAGUGAGGCUGCUGGCACGCUGGAGCACGCAAAGAAAGGAAUGAGAUUUCAGGAUUUAGAAGUGAGAUCACCUAACCUUGUGCUCCCAAGAGAUGGACAGAGUCUUCUUGAGGAUGCAAGAGCUGAAAUAAAAAAUUUGGAGGCUGUGGUUGAAUCCCAAAGGGAACACAUUGAGGAACUAGAACAUGCCAAGGAGAUACUUGCGAGUCAGCUAAGAAGGAAAGGAAAGGAAAUUGAAGAAUCUGUCCUACGGCUGAAAGAGCAAGAAACAACAAGCCAAAGGCUAAACAUUCGGGACAAUGUGGAAAUGAUCAAGGUCCGUAAACAGCUGGCUGAGAAAAGCAACGCUCUUUCAGCAAUGGAAGCAAAAUUUCAGCACCUUCAAGAGAACCAGAAGAACUUGAAGAUGAGCCAUGAUGCUUUAAUAGCAAAAAGUGAUGAACUGAAUCUACAGCUUAAAGAAGAGCGGUUAAAGUGCCUCCAUCUUGAAAAAGAAUUGCAGUCAGUGACUAUUUCAAACCGAAGGACAGAGGAGUUACAGGAAAGAAUAAAUGAUCUAGAAAAAGAGAAGGAACUCUUGAAGGAAAACUAUGAUAAACUGUAUAACAGUGUCUUCAGUAUGACCCAUGAACAGGAAUGGAUAUUAAAGGAACAGCAACUGAAACAGCAAAUUGCUGAACUAGAGACUGCUAUCAAGUUUGAUUUAGCAGACAAAAAUGAAAUCCUUGACAAAAUCAAAGUAGAAAGAGAUGAAAAGGAAAAGCUGAUGCAAGAGAACAAAGACCUGCAGUUAUGCUACCUGGAACAUAAGCAACAACUAGAUGAACUGAAAAAUCAUGUGAAGCUUUUGACCGAGGAAAGUGAUAUUGAUGUGGCAGAACUCAAUGAAGCCCUCUUGCAUCUAAAGGUUCAAAAGCAGCAGAAGAACGGGGACCUUAUUUCUUUGGAAAAAGUAGAAGAUGAUAUCCAUAAAGAUUUGGAACACUCCAUGCGGGAGCUGCAAUUAACACAUGCUGAAACAGUGCAAGAACUUGAAAAGACAAGGAAUAUGUUAAUUGUGCAGCACAAAAUUAACAAAGGUUACCAGGCUGAAGUAGAAGCAGUGACACAGAAAAUGGAACAUCUACAGAAAGACUAUGAGUUAAAACUGGAACAGUAUGUCCGUCUUCUUGAUAUCAGAGCUGCACGCAUCAGAAAACUAGAAGCCCAACUAAGUGAUAUUGUCUAUGGUACAACACCGCAUAAAUCCAGGCCAGAAGUAUUGCCAGGUGAUCCAGUGGAUGAAUUUGAUGAAACUUUGCAUUUACGAAGAGGCGAGAACCUUUUUGAAAUCCAUAUUGGCAAAGUGAUCUUCUCUUCUGGAGCUAUGCACGCUUUUGGAGACCACGAACCUGCCACUUUUUGUACUUAUGCCUUCUAUGACUUUGAACUUCAGAUAACCCCGAUAGUUUACGGGCGCACCCCGUCGUAUGACUUCACUUCUCAGUACGUUGUGCAGGCCGACAACUGCUUCUUGCAGUAUGUACAGCAAAGCACUAUCACACUUGAAGUUCAUCAUGCCUAUGGCACAGAGUAUGAAACGUUGGCUGAAUGUCAACUGAAGUUUCACGAGAUCCUGGAAAACAAUGGGAAGAUCCACAGCACGGCAAACUUAGUUGGAGUCAAAGAAAACAUUCAAAAUUAUGGUAGAUUAGAAUACUGGAUCAGGUUACGAGUUCCUAUGGAUCAAGCUAUUCAUCUCUACAAAGAGAGGUCAAAGGCUCUGGGAUAUAUAACAUCCGGUUUGAGGGAACGUGAACAACCAUCCCAGCAGCAGAUACCCAGAACUGCCCAAGUCAGCACUUCAACAGAUGGCAAUUUAAAUGAGCUCCACAUUACAAUAAAAUGUUGUAACAAUCUACAAUCCCGAAAAAAACAUCUUCAGCCAAAUCCUUAUGUUGUCUACAAGUUCUUUGAUUUUGCAGACCAUGAUACUCCCAUCAUCCCUAGCAGCAACAACCCACAAAUAGAUGACCAUAUGUGUUUCCAAGUGCCAAUGAAUGCAGAUUUAGACCGAUACCUAAAGUCAGAAUCCUUAAGCUUUUAUGUAUUUGAUGAUGGUGAAACGGAAGAAGGUGCUUAUGUAGGGAAAGCCAAUGUGCCUCUUAUUUCUUUAGCACAUGACAGAUCUAUCUCAGGGACUUUUGAACUAACAGAUCCUGGAAGACGUGCUACUGGUACCAUCACAGUUGAAUUAAAAUGGAAGUUUGCCUACCAGCCACCAAGUGGAUCGACAAUGGGUGAAGACUUGGGGGAUUACAUUCAAAAUGAGAAAUCAAUGGCAACUAAAUUGCUGCCAGAGGAAAAAACACAGACUGCAGCUCUGUCUCCUUCGUUUACUCCAUCAGUGACAAAACCAACACCCAAACCAAGGCAGCGCAUAGCUCAAGCGGACAAGAAAGUAUCUUUUCCGGAUCUCAGUGCAAUACAGAUGGCAGGCUCUGCUGUUGAAAAUAACAUGGAACUUGCAGAGAAGACGAAGACUUCAAGAGUUCCAAAUGUUUCAGAGCAGAUGGUACGUGAGGUUAAAGCAGAAAGGCUGGCAGAUGAGAAGGUGAAGGGGAUGGCUGAAGAAAUUCAACCGGAAAAAGGCGACCUCUCGCAUCUGUCAGAGGGGCAGUUGGCCGACCAGAGCUCCGGUACCUCUGGAGAUGAGACAGAAAUAACUGAAGAAUUGGAACCAGAAGAUCAAGAUGAUAGACAAGAAAACGAUGCCAUUGAAUCAGUAAUAACUGACAGUGAUGACUGUAUUAUUUCAAGUCCAGUAUCCAAGUAUAUUAAACAGGCAAGUGAAAAAAUCCGGAUUGAAAUUAUAUCGUUCAGUCUUACUGAGUCACGAAUUGCAUCGGAUGAAACAAUCCAGCAGCUGUUUGUAGAAUGCAGAUUGUACAACCUCGUUGCAGAAGAGACCCCGCUGUCACUUCCAAAACCAACAAGUGGUCAGAGGAUUCACUAUAACUAUAGCAGCGUGGUACAUGUGGAUAAAGCAAAUAAUGGUGCAAGAAGAGAGUAUCUCAAGUUGAUGCUUCUAAAGCCAGAUCUACAUUCUGACAGCCUACGAUUUACAGUGGUCAGUGAUCCCCCAGAAGAUGAACAGGAUCUUGAAUGCGAAGACAUCGGUUUUGCAUACGUCAGUUUGAGAGAGAUAUUCCAGAAGCAAAGAGAUAUCAUUGAGCAAGAUAUUGAUGUUUUCGAUGCACAAGAUGAUAGUGCGGUAAUUGGGAAGCUCAAAGUAUCAGUGGAAGCCCUCCACGCGCUGCGCGCGGUCUACCAGGAAUGCCAAGAUGACUAGGAGGCAUGAAAGGGAAGUUUGCCUACAGAAGUUCCUUCUCCCAGUGUAAAUACAUGCUUGAUAGUGCUUCAAAGAUGAGAUCUUUGUAAUUCUUACAGUAUAUUUAAUGUAUAAUUUAUAUGAAAAGGACGCUUGAUUUGUAGUUGUAAAGUUUUGUAUACUUUUCAGUCUGUUUGUUUUUAUAUUUCCCCCCUAAGGCUAAGAAUCUCUCCACAAUGGACAACGCCUUGUAAAUAAUUAAUACCUACAUGAUUGAAUGAUGUGCUUUAUUUGCAUUUUCAAGAUUUUUGCCUACAUAAAACAGUAAUAAAAAUGCAAGUCAAAAUUUUAAUUUUUAAUAAAAAAACCAUAAGCCUUAGAAAACUGAUUAAAAAUACUUUUAUGUUAUCCCUAAUCACCCCACUAAAUGGAAUGCCUGUGAUUAGCCUCAUUAAGAAUUUUAUACUGUGAAGAUUUUAUUAAAAGCAAUAUAUGAAAAUUA